GGCGGGAGAGGGAGGGCGGGUGAGGGCAGGCGUCCCGGCCGGAAGCGCGCCGGUCCCGGCGGGGCGGCCGCGGACAUGUGCAGGAUGUCGUUCAAGAAGGAAACCCCGCUUGCCAACGCGGCGUUCUGGGCGGCGAGGAGGGGCAACCUGGCUCUGCUCCGGCUGCUGCUGAACAGCGGCCGCGUGGACGUGGACUGCAGGGACAGUCACGGCACCACGCUCCUCAUGGUCGCCUCCUACGCUGGCCACAUAGACUGUGUGAGGGAGCUCGUCCUCCAGGGAGCUGACAUCAACCUCCAGAGAGAGUCAGGUACAACUGCCCUGUUCUUUGCUGCCCAGCAAGGACAUAAUGACGUCGUGAGAUUUCUCUUUGAAUUUGGAGCAUCCACUGAAUUUAGGACCAAAGACGGGGGCACUGCCCUGCUGGCCGCCAGUCAGUAUGGGCACAUGCAGGUGGUGGAGACCUUGCUGAAGCACGGAGCCAACAUCCACGACCAACUUUAUGAUGGAGCUACCGCACUCUUCCUUGCUGCCCAAGGAGGUUACUUGGAUGUGAUUCGAUUAUUGCUGUCUUCAGGCGCCAAAGUCAACCAGCCGAGGCAGGACGGGACGGCGCCGCUGUGGAUCGCAUCGCAGAUGGGCCACAGCGAGGUGGUGCGGGUGAUGCUGCUGCGCGGGGCCGAGCGCGACGCCGCCCGCCAGGAUGGUACAACAGCAUUAUUGAAAGCAGCGAACAAAGGGUAUAAUGAUGUUAUAAAGGAGUUGCUGAAAUUCUCACCCACCCUCGGUAUUUUGAAGCGAGUGCUGAUGCAUCUACAGCAGACCAAAAUGGGACCUCGGCGCUCCACGUGGCAGUUCUCAGCGGGAAUAUUAAGACAGUCGCACUGCUCCUGGAAGCAGGGGCGGAUCCGGCCCUGAGAAACAAGCUGAAUCUUCUUCCUGUGUUUCAACCAAAACAAGAUAUCACAAUAGAUUGGAUGCAGCACAUAUGAGAAUCCAAUUGUCUUCUAUUAAGCUACACAGCAAAGAAAUAUGCAAAACUGUUAACAGUGCUACUCUUAUGUUUUUGAAAACAUAAUCAUUUUUCGUAAAUAUGUUAUUUAUGAUAACCUAUAAUGGGUUUAUUAUUUUUAAUGAAUUAAUAAAUAUACUUAAUUUUUUUUUUCAGUUUUCAUUUCUGGUAAGUUAAAAACAAAAGUUCUUUGGGGUCCUCAAUAACUUUUAAGAGUGUACAAAGGUCCUGAGACCAAAAUAUUGGGAACCAUUGCCCUAUAACAUCUAUUGCUUAAGAUAGGGACUUGCUCACAAAAUAAAUGCUUGAAGACUGUGUCUCUGCAGCACUGUGAAAAGAAAGGACAUAAAGUGAGGCUGAAUCAGGUGGGGCGUGGGGGCCACGGAAGCUGCUGUUCCCCACGUGUCUUAUGCUCUGGAUGUUUCCUAACUCUGCCUUCUCCUUGAAAGAAGAGUCUCAAGUCCCUAGCAGACAGACUGCCGUAUGUAAUAAACUGCUACCAACCAGGGUUCCUGGCCUUCCGUAAUCAAUAGAAAAUGACUAGAGACCAGACAAGAAAUUUAGACAAGGCUUUAUUGAGGCCCCUGCUGCAGCAGGAGGGAGGAGAACAAGUAACAGGUUCCCUUGCUUGCUCGCUGGGUGUGGGGGAUGGGGUGGGGAGGGGUGGCAAGCUGGUUCCUCAUAUGGGGUGAGGAUAGGGUGUGUCCAGGGGUGGGUCCAGAGGAGAGGCUUAGGUGUCUGCUCACCCCUUUGUGGUGUUGAGUGCAGGGGGCGUGCGCAGUUCCCUGCCUUUACUCCAACACCCUGUUUUUGCUCCGGGCUCUUCAGAAGGGGCAGUUGGGUUCUUUGGUCUUUUUGUAUUUUUUGUCCAUAAUUUGCCCCAACUGUGCAUGCACACAGAUAUUUUUAGUCCCUUGUGGGUUCUUUGUAUUUUGUUGCUGGAGGAGAGGUUUGUCCAGGUGCAGGCAUUGCAGCACUUGCAGCAAAGGGUCCAGGUCCCAGCCUGUCUCAAAACUAAUUAAGUUAUCAAAUCUGUUUAUUGAGCACAUACGAGAUACGCUAGGCAUUGUUCUGCAAAAGAGGAUACAGUGAUUAAUGAGACAUGGACCCUGGCCUCCUGGAGAUUACUGUCUAGUAAGGGAUAUGGCUAGAUAGAAAAAUGACUCUAAAAGACAAAUAUCAUAUAAUAUCACUUAUACAUGGAAUCUAAAAUAUGAUACAGAAGAACUUAUUAACAAAGCACAAACUUACAAACAUAGAAAACAAACUUAUGGUUACCAAAGGGGUAGGGGAGGAGGGAUAAAUUAGGAGUUUGGAAUUUGCAGAUACAAACUACUAUAUAUAAAAUAGAUAAACAAUAAGGUCCUACUGUAUAGCACAGUGAACUACAUUCAGUAUCUUGUA